AUGCGCCAGGCCAACCUGGCUCUGCCCAGUCCGUGUCCGUUCGCGGCUUUUGGUUCAGUCAUUGUGAACCACACUGCCGGCGGCUUGGGGGCGCUGGUCUGCACCGGCGCGAACAACAAUGCUGGCACAGGCAACCCGACUCUUCAUGGGGAAAUCGCGGCGAUCGACAACUGCUCGGCAAUCUUUGUAGAUCCCCAGGGUCCAUACCGGAUGACGCCGGCCCAGGCCCUGGCUGCCUUUGCCAACCUCACAAUCUACACCAACGCCGAGAGCUGCCCCAUGUGCGCGUCGGCGGUGCGCUGGGCGGGCUUCAGGGAAUACGUCUUUGGCACGAGCAUCGAGACCCUCACGGAGGAGGGAUGGGGUCAGAUCCAGAUUACCUCCAGGGACGUCUUCCGACAAUCCUCGGGCUUGCCCCGCCCGACAAGGUUGCUUGGUCCGUUGUUGACGAACGAGACGGACCCCUUCUUCAGCUGGCAGUUUAAUGUAGAUGCGGCCUGUCCCCAGGGAUGCUCUCGGGGUGGCGGGGAUGGAGGCGGUUGCCGUCCUGCAUGA